AUGUCGUCGGCCGAUAAAUCCCGGCAGUCGUCUGGAGGGCGCUCCAUCUUCUCUAGGAACAAGCACAAGGACAAGCACGUCGCCGACUCCCGGUACGCCCAGGAGCAGUACCCCUACGACGCCGCCAGCAGCCUGGGCUCGCGAUCGUCCCGUCACAAGCGAGAGUCAUCCAGCAUCUCGCUCGACGGCCCCCUAUCCCCCGACUCCGUCUCGACCAGCAACUCGGCAGGCGUCAUCACCUCCCUCCCCUACGACGCCGUCCCGCGCUCCCCCCGCUCCGGCGACCACAAGGGGGGCGACCAGCUGAGCGCCCGACAGAACCAGACUCUGCAGCCGCAUCAGCUCAACAGGGGAGCCUCCGACUACCACCAGUACCCUUCCCUCGACCCUUCGUCCCUCGUAUCCCACCAGACAUACACUCCAACACAGCAGCGACCCAGCACUGCUAACUCGAACCUCACCAUGGCGUCGACCGGUCGCCAGGCCCAGUACCAACAAUGGGGACCCGGACCCGGAGCUUCUCGUGGCAGUGUUGCCAGCUCUGCCAACGGCUCGCGCUACGACUCGUAUGCCUCCACUGACAACCUCAGCGUGUACUCUGGCAACCCUGGAUACCGAGAUGCCGGUCCGGGUCGCUCGUCACAAGCAGGCCUCCUUAGCGCCUCAUCCCAGAGCUCCUACGGCUCCCACCAGUCGCCCCGUGACUCCAACCGCCUGACAAAACUGCCCAGUCCCAGUCCCGGCCUCAGUCCCGGUGUCCCUAGCGGCCCCGAGAACUUUCACUUCCCCAGGCCUGAUGACGACAAUGUCAUUCACGACAAGUUCCUCGAGCUCAUGCAGAAGCGCGGAUGGCAUCACCUGCCCGAGCAGGCCCGGCGCCAGAUGGUAGCCUACCCACCCGAGAAGAAGUGGAUGCUUCUGCACCAGGAUCGCCUGGCCGAGUGGCAGGGCGAGCAGAAGCGUCGCACGACCGCCCGCCCUAACCAGUACGCCGCCCCGGACAUCACCACUUACUCCGAUGAGGAGGGCACCCCCGAGUUCUACGUUAGGCGCGUAAUGGAAGACAAGCUAGACACCAAGGGCAUGGGUAGUCUGGAGGUCAACCUGAGAACCCAGCAGAUUGGUUGGGUCAAGAGGUUCGUCGAGUGCCAGGGCCAGGUCGCCCUCGUCACCCUGCUUCUCAAGAUCAACCGCAAAACGGCCCUGGGUCCCGCCCCCGAGAGCACCAAGGUCGACAAGAACCAGGACAAGGAGUACGACAUUAUCAAGUGUCUCAAGGCCUUGAUGAACAACAAGUUUGGCGCCGACGACGCCCUGGUCCACCAAAAGGUUCUCGUUGCUCUCGGCACGUCACUAAUCUCAGCCCGCCUGUCGACGAGGAAGCUCGCCAGUGAAAUCCUCACCUUCCUCUGUACUUGGGGCGAAAACGGCGAGGGCCACAUCAAAGUCAUCAACGCCCUCGACGAGGUUAAGUCGCAGGCCGGCGAGAAUGGGAGGUUUGACGCCUGGAUGCGCCUCGUCGAGGUCACCGUUGACGGCCGAGGCAAGAUGGGCAGCCUUGUCGGCGCCAGCGAGGAGCUCCGCACCGGUGGUACUGGAAUGGAGAAUCUGCUGAUGGAGUACGCCCUUACGACCAUGAUCCUCGUCAACAUGCUCAUCGACUCGCCCGAGCGGGAUCUCGAGCUCCGUGUCCACAUCCGUGCCCAAUUCACGGCAUGCGGCAUCCGUCGCAUCCUGAGCAAGAUGGAGGCCUUCCAGUACGACCUCUUGGACAAGCAGAUCGAGCGCUUCCACAGCAACGAGGCCAUCGAUUACGAGGACAUGCUGGAGCGUGAGAACAGCAGCAUCAAAGACAACGCAGAGGGUGACGUCAAGGACCUCAACGACCCCGUACAGAUCGCCGACGCAAUCCAGCAGCGCCUCCAGGGCAGCAAGACGAGCGAUUACUUCGUUUCUGCUCUGCAGCACCUCAUGCUCAUGCGCGGCCAUGACGGUGAGGAGCGCCUGCGCAUGUUUCAGCUCGUCGAUGCCAUGCUUAGCUACGUCGCCAUGGACAGGCGACUGCCCAACCUGGAUCUCAAGCAGAGCCUCAAUUUCACCGUCCAGAGCCUGCUCGACAAGCUGCACACGGACUCGGAGGCUCGCCAGGCCCAGGAUGAGGCCCUCGAAUCGCGCCAGAUUGCCGAGGCCGCCAUGGCCGAGCGCGACGAGAUGAGGGCCCGCGUGGAGAUGGGUGCCGAUGGCUUGGUCGCUAAGAUGCAGAGGCAGCUCGAUGAGCAGACGCGCUUCAUCGAGGCUCAGAAGAGGCAGGCAGAGGGCCUCAAGGCCGAGCUGGAGAAUCUCCAGGCCCUGAGGGCCAAGGAGGCCCAGAGGAACGAGCUUGAGACCCGCGAGCUCUACCUGAUGCUACGCGACGCCCAGGAUAUUGCCGCCUCCAACGCCGCCAAGAGCAACAGUGCCAAGGCCGCCGGCGCCGCCCAGGAUGCCAGCAAGCAGCAGGGUAUCCUCGACCGCAACCGCCUUAUGGAGCGCCUGCAGAUGCAGCUGGAGCGCCAGAAGACGCAGUACAAGCUCGAGGGCCGCACCUGGGGAGAGGCCGCCGGCCCCUCCGAUAGGCUGCGCGCCCUCCGAGAAGAGAUGGAGGACACGCCCGGGGAGGAGCCUCAGACGCCUCCCGGCGGCGGGACGCCCCCGCACGACUUCACCAACAGCGUUCUGGGCAGCAUCAACCGCCAGACCAGGCUCCCGCGCAAGCCCAUCAAAGCCACCGACGCUCCCAUCAGCGAAGAGCGCGAAGCCGGCGUACUCGAGAACCGAGCCAACAUGCUCGGCGAGCUGGGUUCCCGCUUCAAGACGGCUCAGGAUGGCAGCGACGAGUCAGACGCUGGUGUUGACGAGUCCGCCGCGACCUCCAAGUUCAGCGACGACUCGUCACCCACUACACCCGCCGAGGGCGACUUGCCCGCUCCCAAAAUCGAGGUCACCGCCGCCAACGGUGUGCCUCCGCCUCCUCCGCCUCCACCUCCCCCGCCGAUGCCCGACCAGGUCCCCGGCGCACCGCCGCCGCCGCCACCACCUCCCCCUCCCCCCAUGCCGGGACAGAUUGCGGGAGCCCCCCCACCCCCCCCUCCGCCACCUCCGCCUCCCCCUAUGCCCGGAGCUAUGCAGUCGGGUCACUACCUCUCCCAGCAGCCGGCGUACACGUCACCGGCACCAUCGGGCGGCCUGCCCGUUGUCAGGCCCAAGAAGAAGCUCAAGGCCCUCCACUGGGACAAGGUGGACACGCCGGAGCAGAGUCACUGGGCUGCGCACACCCCAUCCGUCGAGGAGAGGGAAGAGAAGUACAACGAGCUCAGCCGCAAGGGUAUCCUCGACGAGGUGGAGAAGCUCUUCAUGGCAAAGGAAGUCAAGAAGAUUGGCGGCGUCAAUGCCAAGAAGGACGACAAGAAGCAGCUCAUUUCUGCGGAUCUGCGCAAGGCUUUCGAAAUCGCCCUUGCCAAAUUUUCGCAGUAUUCUGUUGAAAAGGUGGUGCAGAUGAUUAUUCACUGUGACAAAGAGGUUCUCGACAACCCGGUCGUCAUGGAGUUUCUCCAGAAGGAUGACAUGUGUAACAUCUCGGACAAUGUGUCGAAGCAGAUGGCCCCCUACAGCAAGGACUGGACGGGCCCCGAAGCCAAGGAUCAGGGGCGCGAGAUGGAUCCUUCCGAGCUGACGCGCCAGGACCAGAUCUACCUGUACACUGCGUUUGAGCUGCACCACUACUGGAAAAGUAGGAUGCGUGCGUUGGCGCUGACGCGCAACUUCGAGGCCGACUACGACGAGAUCAACGACAGAAUCCGCAAGAUCGUGACCGUGUCCGAGUCCCUUCGCGACUCGGUGUCGCUGAUGAACGUGCUGGGUCUGAUUCUGGAUAUCGGAAAUUACAUGAACGACGCCAACAAGCAGGCGCGUGGUUUCAAGCUGGGUUCCCUGGCUCGCCUGGGCAUGGUCAAGGACGAUAAGAACGAGUCAACGCUGGCCGACCUGGUGGAGCGUAUCGUGCGCAACCAGUACCCCGAGUGGGAGGGUUUUGCAAACGACAUCGCUGGCGUCAUGACGGCGCAGAAGAUCAACAUCGAACAGCUGCAGACGGACGCCAAGAAGUACAUUGCCAACAUUAAGAAUGUCCAGAUGUCGCUCGAUUCGGGCAACCUGAGCGACCCCAAGAAGUUCCACCCCCAGGACCGUGUCAACCAGAUCGUGCAGCGGUCCAUGAAGGAGGCCAGGCGCAAGGCCGAGCAGAUGGAACUGUACCUGGACGAGAUGAUGCGGACGUACACGGACAUUAUGGUCUUCUACGGCGAGGACCCGACGGAGGAGAAUGCGCGCCGCGAUUUCUUCGCGAAGCUGGCCUCGUUCCUGGGAGAGUGGCGCAAGUCCCGAGAGAAGAACGUGUUGUACGAGGACGUCCGCCGGCGCAACGAGGCGUCGAUGAAGCGCAAGCAUGCCCAGGCCAAGGCCAACGCGGCUGCCUCGGGAGGCGACAGCGGACCCUUGUCACCCACCAACACGGGUGCCAUGGACUCGCUGCUCGAGAAGCUCCGUGCCGCUGCACCCCAGGCUAGAGACCAGAGGGACCGACGACGCCGUGCGCGUCUCAAGGACCGCCACCAGGUUCGCGUGGCUUCGGGCCAGAAGAUUCCCGACCUCAACGAGAUUCCCGAGUCAGGUGCUGGCGAUGGCGGAGGGUCAACGGUUGGCAACGACAGGGAGGAGACUAUUAACGAGGAGCAGGCGGCUGCGUCGGCGGCGACACCCAAGAGCCCCGGCAGCAGCGUGCAGGCGGGCCAGGAUGACGUGGCCGACAGGGCAGCUGCUCUCCUGCAGGGCAUGCGUGGCGAUGGCGGCGGCGACGACGAGGAUCCGGAGAAGAGGGAUAACCUGCGCAAGACCAGGCGGCAGACAGCCGAGGAGGAGCGCAGGCUUAGGAGGAGGAGGAGGGACAGGACGACGACGUCGACGGAGGACUAG